UAACAACCACCGUNUACGACAUUAUCUUUUUCAUUAACCUUUCGACUAGGCAAGACGAAAGCGAUGAUGGAUCCGAGUCUUCCUUCACAGCCUUCGCAACUUGGGGAGUAGGGAAAUAUACGAUCGAUCUCGGCAUAUACCACAAGGAGGUUAAGCCAAUCUUCCUUUCCGAAUUCAAGAUCGACAAAUUUGAAGCCUACUGCGGCUCGAACCCAGAUUUCGAGAUUGACAGGAAGGGCAUAGUGAAUCCGAGUGCUGUUGAAAAGAAAAAGAUUCAACUUGGAAAGUGCCUAAGGGUAAAUUUUAUUUUCGCUACACCAUUCUCAUCUUUCUCAGAGCUACUUCCCAGAAAACCUUCAGCCUUGACCUUGGAGAAGCAAGACGAAAGCGAUGAUGGAUCCGAGUCUUCCCUCACAGCCUUCGCAACUUGGGGAGUAGGGAAAUAUACCAUUGAUCUUGGUAUAUAUCACGCGGAGGUAAAGCCAAUCUUUCUUGCCGCAUAUAAAAAGAUGGACAAAUUUGAAGCCUACUGCGGCUCGAACCCAGACUUUGAAAUCACCAGGAAGGGCGUA